UAUAGGGUUUCUUAAUUGAACUACUGCUCAAGGAGAGAGAGAGUUGUAGAGAGAGAGAGGUGGGAAGAUCGGAUCGGAGAUGUGUAGUAGAGGUCACUGGAGGCCGGCGGAGGACGAGAUGCUCCGGGAAUUGGUUGAAAGAUAUGGUCCUCAUAACUGGAACGCCAUAGCUGACAAGCUUCAAGCCAGAUCAGGGAAGAGUUGUAGGCUGAGAUGGUUCAACCAAUUGGAUCCAAGAAUAAACCGAACCCCAUUCACGGAGGAGGAGGAAGAGCGGCUACUCGCCUGCCACCGCAUUCACGGUAACCGGUGGGCCAUCAUAGCCAGGCUUUUUCCGGGAAGAACCGAUAACGCCGUCAAGAAUCACUGGCAUGUUAUUAUGGCUAGAAAAUGCAGAGAAAGAUCGAAAUUUUAUAACGCCCCCAAAAAAAAUAGUACGGAUUUAAAUAUUAAUUCACAGCCUCCGCCUCCUUUGAGUAUCCGCGAGCACCAAUUCGAAUCGAGUACUACUAAAUCCUCGUCGAUUAUAAAGCGUGUCGACGGUGAUCGAAAUUCAGCAGUUUGCAGCAGUAGGAAAAAAAUAGGGUUCAUAAGCCCUCUUGUUGAAUCUGCAGAGAAAUUCAAUAAUCCAGAUUAUUAUUAUUAUUAUCCGUCGCCGAGAUAUAAUUUCCAGUUUCAGGGUUGGAAUAAGGAGAUUCAGUAUUCUCAGGGGCCGAUUCGUCGGGCGAAGAUCGAUCAAGAAAGAAGUAAAGGAGUAGAGUUCUACAACUUUCUCCAAGUGAACACCGACUCGAAUACGAGCGAAGUGAUAGACAUGCAUGCAAGAAAAUGUAGUAACCCUAAAAAAAACGAAGUCGAAGAAGAAGAAGAAGUCGAUCAAAAAGCCGACGACGACAACAAUCAAACGAAAGCCAAUCCUGCUGCUCUGCCAUUUAUAGAUUUCUUCUCAUUGGGAGGCUCUUCUUGA